AGGCUAGGUCACAGGUGCCCUCUGUAGCUGCUGCAUAGUCCUAGAACUUAGAAGGAAGAAAAGUCCAGGUUCUCAAGGUCAAUCAUACCUACUAGCUAGUACAAGGAUGAGCUAGUAGAUGCAGGAGCGAUCUGCUUAGCCUUGGUGGCUGUUUGCUGCGUCUAAAGCCGAGGUUUCAGCAUUUCGGAGUCUUGUGUUAGAUGCAUGUAACGGCCGCGUGCUGGGAGGGUAUCUGAGGUGCCUGUUUCAAUUUCAUCUUGAGAAAACAGAGCGGCGCUGCAUUGACAAACCGCAGCAAAGAUGGCUUUGCUAAGAUUGCACCAAUGUGCUCGGAAUCUUAUGGGCAGCGUGGGACAGCUCAGGGUUUUGCAAUCAGGAGGACCUGCAAGUGGCCUCCAGCUUAGGCACAAGUCGCUGGCUGCUGAGGUUUCCAGCGAUGAACCUGCUCCGCCAAAGAUGCCCGACUUUGACUACAAGCCAAAGCCGUAUUCAGGUCCCAAGCUGGCUGAGGUCUUAGACAAACGGAAGAAGUUCCUCAACCCAGCCAUGUUUCUAUACUACAAGCAACCGCUCAACAUUGUAGAAGGCAAGAUGCAAUACCUCUUCGACGAGUCCGGCCGUCGCUAUCUUGACGCCUUUGCGGGGAUCGUAACCGUCAGCGCUGGGCACUGCCACCCCGAGAUUGUGGAGGCAGUCAGGCGGCAGAAUGAGCUGCUGCAGCACACUACCACCAUCUAUUUGAACCACCAGAUUGCAGACUAUGCCGAGGCGCUUGCUGCCAAGAUGCCUGGCAAUCUGAAGGUGUGCUACUUUGUCAAUUCUGGGUCUGAAGCCAAUGACAUGGCCAUGACUAUGGCCCGGCUCUACACCGGCAACUAUGACAUCAUUGCCCUCCGCAAUGCCUAUCAUGGCAUGAGUCCCGCCACCAUGGGCCUGACCGCGCACCACACAUGGAAGUACAACACAGCACAGGGCUUUGGUGUGCAUCACGCCCUGAAUCCAGACCCGUACAAAGGCGCGUUUGGAAACGACGGGGCACGCUAUGCGGAGGACGUUCAGGACCUCAUCCAGACGGCCACGAGCGGGCGUGUUGCGGGCUUCUUUGCAGAGACGAUACAGGGAGUCGGCGGGGCUGUUCCUCUGGCAGACGGUUAUCUCCCUGCGGUGUACAAGCACAUAAGAGAUGCUGGCGGGCUGUGCAUAGCCGAUGAAGUUCAGACCGGGUUUGGGCGGACGGGGACGCACUACUGGGGCUUCCAGAACCAGGGCGUCACGCCGGACAUCGUAACCAUGGCCAAGGGUAUCGGAAAUGGGCUACCGCUGGCGGCCGUCGUGACCACCCCCGAGGUCGCGCAGGUCCUGACCUCGCGCAUCCACUUCAACACGUACGGCGGCAACCCCGUCGUGUCCGCCGCGGGGCAGGCCGUGCUGCGAGUGCUCGACCAGGAAAAGCGCCAGGAGCACUGUAAAGCCGUGGGCGACUACCUGCUGACGGAGUUCAGGAAACUGCAGGAGAAGCACGACGUCAUUGGCGAUGUUCGCGGCCGCGGCCUCAUGUUGGGCGUGGAGCUGGUGACGGACAGAAAGACGAAGGCGCCGGCGACUCCGGAGACCCUCCAGGUGUUCGAGAAAAUGAAGGAUUUGGGCGUUCUGUUGGGCAAGGGCGGGCUCCGAGGCAACGUCUUCCGGAUCAAGCCUCCAAUGUGCUUCACGAAGGACGACGCAGAGUUCCUUGUCAAGUGCUUGGAUAUCUCCUUGUCUGAGCUUUAGGGACGUGUUGAGGAGGAGCCGUACUGGUUCGACGUCACGUAUGAAGAAGGACCGGAAGCUUCUCGUAUGAUCAGCUGGUCAUGGUUGGUAAGAGCUAUUCUCCGGGGUUCUGCCCUUGGGGGCAUAAUAGGCCGCCGAUGCAGAGGGUCUGCCUCUCUUACUCGCACACUGUGCGACGACGAACGAAGCAUGUGAGGGUGGAAUUUGGAUACCAGCCCAGGCAUGCUCUCUCUGACCUUAUAGUGUUGUAAUGCAGAUUUAGCCAGACAAGGGUUUUAAAACUCGUUACACAAUCAGAGUCAGAUAUGGCCUGCUUGACAGCAGAAGCAAGGUCACUUCAUUCUCGUUGGACUCUGGGAUAGCCUCAUUUUAGGACUAGCUGUACAGACCCCGCAAUCGUGUACAUAACUUGAUAUUAGUAAACGUAGAUAGAAGCUCGGGAUGAAGCACUCACUGCACCAGAACGUGGCAAUCGAUACACGCACGUGAAUUGUGUAGCCCGCAUGCAUGAGUGA